UUGGAGCGGUAAAUCGCCAGCCGGGCUGCACUUGACGCAGAUACAAUAACAGUGACGGAGCCUGGGUACAUGCGAGCUAGACCAGAGACAACAGCACAUUUACAGGAUCACUGAAGCUGCGAGAGGGGGAGGGAAAGAGAGAGAGAGCGAAAGAGAGAGAGAGAGAGAGAGAGAUGCUUUCACAAGGUGCCAAAAAGUGAGAGCGGUAGAAGAGAGGGAGAAAGAGAGAGAUGGAACACAGUCUAUGAGCAACGCAGUACAGCCACCACAUAUAUAAACCUGCAGGGGAAGACCUACGGAGAAAGGCACUGAAAAGGGGAGAGGUUCCCAAUCGCCCAGGUCUCCUUCCUGCAAUGAUGUACAAGGCUGUGGUCCUCGCUGCGCUGCUGCUGGCAGUUCCCCUGGAGCGUGCGGACAGCCGAGCCCUCAGGACCCCCGUGGAUGCCAUACAGUUUGUGGAACAGUUUUUGGAACGCUACAAUGACCUCUUGAACAUUGACGACCUUGAGAAUCAGGUGGGAGAUCCAAUGGAGAGUCCACAGCCCUUCAGCUCGGGGUUAAAGGUCGCAGAGUACCCCAAGUGGAUCGAUAUUCCUUCGCAAACCGACACCACGUGGCUCCGCCUCCUGAGGGGGGCUUUGGCCAAUGGGAAAAGGGCUCUACCGGACCGGGCAAAGCGGGGGUGGAACCGUGGCUGUUUUGGGCUCAAGCUCGACCGCAUUGGCUCGCUGAGCGGUCUUGGAUGUUAGUGGUUGACUAUGGUCAGUGGCGAUCUUCAGGAGCAAAACUGGAACUACAACCAACAUGGGGAAAUGAAGUGAAGGUCCACCAAUGAAUAUUGCUUUUUAUCAUUCAUUCAAAUGAUACUGGGAAGAAUGCAGACUUGCUGUACUGCUGGUGCAAUUAUCAUAGUCACAGUUCAAAACUGUGAGUCUCUUAUGUGUCAUUAAGUUAAAAGUUAGUAAUAGUACUAACCUACCAACUGUUGCUAAUGCUUGUAGAAUUAUUCAAACUAGUUGUUCUUUCCAGUUGUGGAGUUGUCAUAUUUAACCAGAGUGAUAUGUAUUCUUAAAUUAUUGUUUUGUUGUAGACUGUUAUUUAUCUUCUGUUUACGUUUAAAUAUUUGGAAUAUUAUGUCUUUCAGAGUUAUUGUAUAUUAUUAAUACCGAUGAAGAAUUUGGUUUAAAUGUUCUACAUAAGUGUAAAUUAAAUUGCAUGUUUGCUGGACUGUAAAUUAACAUUUAUUUUUAUUUUUAAAUGUCAUUUAUUUAAUUGCAGUAAGAAUUGUAAUUUCCUUUUGUUUACAUUCCAUGUAGCAUGAAUAAAUCUUAUUUUAAAAUCAUAGCCCAUGUUAAUCACUGGUGCAUUAAUUUUUGUGUAGGCAGACUGGUAUGUAUGUGUGGAUACAGUCGUUAUUUCAGAAGUGUAACUAUACUAACUAUGUGUAACUUCAGUCUGGUCAUUGCACCCCUUUGUGGUCAUUAUGACCUGCAUUUCUGCCAUUCAAUUAAAAUCGGGGAAACAUAACAAAAAUCAUCCUGUUAUGUAAUAAAUAUGUAUCUUUUGUAGAGCCACGACCAAGAAACUCAAAUUAAAAUGUCUAUAUGUCA